UAUAUAUAUAAUAUAAGCCACCGCAUUUUUCUUCACAAAUAUCUCUUCGAAUUAUCUGAGAAAUUCUUUUGAAACCCAAGAGAAAUUUAAAGUUUCCACUUUUGAUUUUCGGGAAAAAAAAAAAACAAAGAAAAAAUCAACGAGACAGUGAGAAAAAUCGCAGUUUAUUCUGUUGUGAAUUCUUCAAUGGCAAGGCCUAAUCAGGAAGCAAUCGAGACCUUCAUGAGCAUCACCGGUGUAUCGGAAGCAAUCGCCGUGCAAAAGCUCGAGGAGCAUGGCGGUGAUCUCAAUGGAGCUGUGAAUGCACAUUUUAGUGAAGGAGAUAGAAAUACUUUGGCAAAUGUGCGUGAAACAUCUGUUGUUGCUCCCAGUGAUUUCAUGGAUAUUGAUGAUCCAGGUCAACCUGAACCUUGGGGACGUCCUCUGGCACGUCCAUUUGCAGCUAGAAAUGUGAAUCCGUUUCAUCUUCUUGAUCCAAAUUUUGGAAGAAACAUAUUUCAAAGCGGUGAUGAUUUUACAAACCGAGCACCCUUUGUAACUCAUCCAAGAGAGGUGAGAGAGAUCCCAAUAGAGGUCAAGGAUGGAAGUCAGCCAUCUGGUCAUUCAGGCCAUGGUCCUGUCAUUGAGGAUGUCACUGAAACAGCACAUGCACAUAGCACGAGUAUCAAUGAGACUGUUAUUAUUGAUGAUGAAAAUGAGGUUCCAGCUGCCCCAACUGCUCAAGCCAGGCAGCAGAGUGAACCAAAAGAAGAUGUUUUGCUUGAUGGAUCUCAUGAUCGGAAAAUUGGACCUAGUGCUCCAAGGUUCGAUGACUUACCAAACUAUAACAAUGACAUUGAAGAAGAGAUGAUUCGAGCUGCCAUUGAGGCUUCAAAACGGGAGGUUGAGGAAAGCAAUCCAAUUCAGCAAUUCAGUGCACAAAAUGACUUGACUCAUCCUGGGCCUCAACAAAGACAACCUCACUUAGAGGAUGCUGAACUUGCACAUGCAGUUUCAUUAUCGCUGAAGACAGUAGAGCAAGAGAAAGCAUUGCGUGUGCAGGGAGGGAGCUAUGGAGCACCAAAAGAAGGAACUUCUGCACCAGCAGAAGUGGAGCUGGGUAAUUUAAGCGCGACAAAUGGAAGGUUGGAAGCAGGAACCUCAUUUAUUCAAGAUGACACUGAUGAUUUGGAAGAGCAGCCUCUUGUUAGGCACCAGUCUAGACGUGUAUCUUCUGGUUCCGUGGAAUCCUCCAAAGAGGUCGAGGUUAUUGAGGACCUUGAGGUUAGCCCACCAUCUAGCCCUAGACAGCUGAAUAGGGGUAAUCAUUCACAGCACAAUGGCGAUGCCUUCCCUUCUGCUGAGUGGGGAGGCAUUUCUUCUGAGGAGCAUGAUGAAGCGGUCAUGCUUGAGGCUGCAAUGUUUGGUGGAAUUCCUGAAGGAACUGGGUAUCGUUUCCCUUAUGCACCCCAUCAAUUCAUUCGACCUGAGAGUACUCAUUCUUGGCCUAUACCUCGUCCUCCAUCACCAUCUCUGGCAGCUCAGCGAUUGAUACGUGAACAACAGGAUGAUGAAUUUCUUGCAGCUCUGCAAGCUGACAGAGAAAAAGAAUUGAAGGCUAUUGAGGAGGCUGACGCUCGUCGUGAAGAAGAAAGACAGAAGGAGGAAGAAUCUCGUAGGAGAUUGGAGGAGGAGCAGGAAUUGGAGAGAAAACUUGCAGCAAAGGAAGCUACUCUACCUCAGGAACCGGCAUCAGAUGAUGAGAAUGCUAUAAACCUUUUGGUGCGAAUGCCUGAUGGAAGUCGCCGUGGUCGUCGAUUUGUUAAGUCUGAUAAGCUGCAGUCACUUUUUGACUUUAUAGACAUUGGUAGAGGGGUCAAACCUGGCUCAUACAGAUUGGUGAGGCCAUAUCCAAGGCGUGCUUUUGAGGAUGGAGAGAGUGGUUUGACCCUAAAUGAACUUGGGUUGACCAGCAAACAGGAAGCCUUGUAUCUGGAGUUGAUUUAGUAGAUGAUACUCCAUAAUUGUAGAGAUAUACUCUCUUCAACAUUUUAAUUUAGUAAGAUAUAAUAUCACAUGAAAGUACUGGAUGUCAUUUGGCUUUGACUAUUUGGAUGGAAUACAUGGAAUUUGGGAAUAUAUGAGCAGGAUCAAAUCCAAAGCACAGCCAACAAUAAUGGUCAAUUUGAAUUUUCUAUUAAAUGCCGUUUUUAAUACGUGGGGACGUUUUGUAUAUAUAUUUAUGGUUUUAAGAUGAGGUUGCUUAUUAAAGAUCUGUACUAGUGCAUUUCAGCGUAAGCUGCAUGACCUACUUUAAAUUAUGCGGCUUGCCUAUUUUCUAGCAUUUGUGAAGAUGUUUGCAGUGGAUGUAUUUUCUGUCAGCCUGACAGGAACAUUACAAUCCUUGGUUUUUCAAUUUGUUUUGUUUUGAAGGAAUAUUAACAGUUGCCACUUGACUAUUAUACUUAAAUUUUUAUCCAUAUUGUUCAAUAAUAAUGAAAUUAGCGAUCUUG